CUCAACUACAGACAAGCAGUGGCGGACGGUCGAAGGUGAUCAGAGAGGUGUAAAAUCACCGGCAUAACCAUGUCAGUGUUGAACUUGGAAGCGAAAUUAGAACGGGUGGACCCUUCGACGCCAUGGGGAUUUCGAAUGCAAGGAGGAAAAGACUUUAGCAGUGCCUUGACAAUACAAAGAGUUAACCCAGGAAGUCUUGCAGCAAAAUGUGGCCUGCAAGUGGGAGAUAUCAUUUUGAAAAUAGGGAACAUAAGCACAGACAUUCUCCGGCACAAGGAGGCCCAGGAUAUGAUCAUAGCUUCUGGGGAUAAGCUUGAUCUAUUACUACAGAGAAUUCGUGAGAAAUCCCAGUUAGGCCAGAGAGGAGGGCAACAAGCGCCAGCUACCUAUGAGAAGUUCAAUGCUCCAUCUAUAUUUUCUCUUCAAAAUCAGCAAACACCUUAUUCCUCUCAACAGAAUUACAAUGCCGCCCCUAAGCCAUUCACCCCAGGGGGAGGCAGUGCAGUGGAUAACUUGAGUGGACGCCUCACUCAGGGACUAUCCCUCAACAGUCCCCUCCAGUCUCAGAUCAACUCCUCCCUAUCCACCUCUAACACAGUCUCCCAGUCCCCAAAACCUAAAUACCAGGCCACCUAUGACAAGUACGCUGACCUGGAUGAUGAGAGGGACAGCUCCCAGCCCCAGGGGAAAUCCUUUAAACGUCUCCAGGGGCUCAUGGAAAGCGGAGAAGCCCCAAGCUCUGCCCUUCGACCCAUUCCCAAAUCGUCAAGUUCGUCUGUUCAGAACCGUGGACUCUCGAAGUCCCCAGAGACGGUGAAAGCCGUCAUGAACUCUCAGUACAACACACCCAUUGGGCUCUACUCGGGGGCUAAUGUUAUAACAACCUUCAAAGGGCAGGCUAAGGCCUUAACAGGGGAGGAUGUAUACAUUCCUGGGGGUGACGAGAAAGCAUCAUCGAACAUCAACAAGAAUUCGUCCAAUGGUAAUGUAGAGGAUAUGGAUGAGUUUGGGCGGAAAAAGUACCAUCCAUCAGAGACUUUUCGAAUGGUUCAGGAGCAGGAGUCAGGGCAUGUGGCACAGGAGCCUGACACACAGGGACGCUCUAAGGCCUUCAAACUACUGGAGCAAAAAUUAGAGGGAAAUAAUCCACCACCUCCGCCAGCACCUGGCCCUCAACCACCAUGGGCUCAGUCCAAAUCCACCCCAGCUCCAUCCAGCAACAGAGGAUGGCAACCCUCAUCUGCCAUGAAAUCAGGUGCAGCCCAAUCCUCAGGGCAGGGGCCAAUGAGGGGAAGGAAGGGAGACGCUGUCACCAAUCCUGGACAAGUUGGUAGACAGCCAAUCUGUUCGUCUUGUGGAGGGCCUGUUAGAGGCCCAUUUGUUAUGGCGAUGGGGAAAACCUGGUGCCCUGAUCAUUUUGUCUGUGCCAACCCGCAGUGCGGGGUGAAGUUAAUUGACAUUGGCUUUGUAGAGGAGGGAGGUUUUCUGUACUGUGAGCGUGACUAUGCCCAGCACUUUGCCCCUCACUGCAAGAAGUGCAGUGCUGCCAUCAUUGGGGAGUGCGUGAAUGCCCUGGGUGGCCAGUGGCACCCUGGCUGUUUUGUGUGUCACCACUGUAAGAAGCCUAUUGGGGGUAACACCUUUCACCAGGAGGAUGGCAAGCCUUAUUGUGAAGAUGAUUGGAAUCGCAUGUUCCAGACCAUGUGCUAUGGCUGUGACUUCCCUAUUGAGCCUGGCGAUCGCUGGGUAGAGGCCAUGAACAAGAACUGGCAUGCCGAGUGCUUUAACUGCCAGCACUGCCAGGUGAACCUCGAGGGUCAGCCAUUCUUCCCCAAGGGAGGUAAACCAUUUUGUAAGAAGCACAUGCGUCCCUAAACUGAGGAUGAUAGAGGGGAGUGAAUCUCUGUGGUUGGGCCGUUAAGAGGAUCAGAGGCUCAAAAGUGCAUCUGUUUGACAUCAAGGAAAUGACCUGUCCUCUAAGUCACCACAAAGCCCAUGAGUCCUGGUUAUCCUGUGGCUGCAUUUAGUUUCGGGAGGCUGAUGCCCCUGCUGUGAUUUUCGUGUACUUAUAGUUUGGAUUUGUGAUUUAGUCGUCUGUUUGCGCUUCUCUAUUGCUAUAGGUCUGGUAGCUUGGGCCAUAGGGCCUUUUUUUUGGUACCCUUACCUUGGGUUUUUAUAGACAUUGUACUUAAGCUUGAUGCUUUGUAAAAGAUCUAAUGUAUUUUAAGAUAUAACAUACAUAACUCAAAAUAAUAAUAAACAUGUAAAUGAUAACAGCAUUGUUGAAUAUUCUUUCAUAUUUUCAUCUUAAAAAAAUACUAAAUAUACAGAAGAAAAGUUUUGUCUAGACAUAUUUGUAUACUUUUAUACAAAGAGCAUGUGAUCAUUGUCUAUAAAUAGCAGGUGUUGUCAGGCUUUGGGCCUUAGAAAUAAGUAAUAAGCUGUCGUGGGCAUAAUUCAUGACUUAAGACUGGCCAUUUUGUAUUCUUUUGAGAUAUGCUCCUCAUAAUCUGAUUAUUUGUACAGCAGUCAUGUAUAUGUUACUAUGUAUUACUUUUGUGUAUUUGUGUUCAUACAUGUACCAAGUGUUGUCUGCUGUCAGAAUCUUGAGAAGGGAUUAUGAUUACUACAUCUAGUUGUCACUGAAAUAUAGGCUGUCUAAUGCUUAACACCUGCAUUGCUUGUGGAGUCCUACCCACUGUUCAGGUUUCAAAUUGUAAAGAAACAAGUUUCAUAAAGUGUAAAUCUUAUAACUUUAUAAUAUCCGCAUGAAAUACCAAAAACAGAAACAACGUUGCCACUAAGUGGCAUUCAACAGAAAUGUUACCACUGAUAAGUGUUCAUUAUUGCAUUUCUACUGCCAGAUGUAAUAUUACAUCUAUUGAGUGAUUUACACACUAAUGGAAGAGUACUGUAAUAUGUUACUGUCAUGUUAGGAGCAACUGUGUGUUCUGCACCUUCACUAUGUUUGUACUUCUAAACUAUUGAUUGUUAAGUAUGUGUCAGACAUGCAUGUACUGUGAUGUACCCUGUGCUUCCUGUUAUUUGUCAAGAAAAUUAAAUACUGUUUUUACGUGUUUAUUAAGGUGGAGGGGAGACUUCUCCAGUGAUACAAAUGCAUAAGGUAGGUAAACCCAUGUUUACAUUUAAAGAGUAACAUCGGGUGAUCUUGUUUUCUUGUCUUAGUGACACCAUUUCACUUAGGUGUGAAGAUGUGGUAAACAGAGAUGACAAUCAAGCCAAAUGGAAAACUUCAUGAAGCAAGUGAAAAUGUCAACUUUAUACAUGUAUUUGCACAUUUUGAGCUAUGCAACCAAAGGGCUCUUUAUGAUCAUGAUAAUAAUAAUUACUUGUGAUAAGUUGAUUUAUGGGGGAAAAAGAGCAAAGUUUGCCUCACAAGCUGAAUAAUUAGUCAGGGCAUGGCCACUAAAAUAAUUGGUUACCUGAAUGUGGCACUAAAUGUGUGGUUUUGGAUCAGAGACUGUCAGCAUUGACUUUAUGAUUAAUUUUAACUUGUGCAAAGGGUGUGAUCUCUCAAACCAUUUUUUUGUGUUUUAUGAUUAUUGAUUUUAUAGAAAUUUCUGCUUGUUUGUAUAGUAGCAUUACUAUCUAUUUGUGCAAAUUAUUUAUAUUAAAGGAAAGUUCAAUGUGA